AUGAAGGUUAUCGUCACAGGAUGCAACGGUCUCGUCGGCAGUGCCCUAGUCCGGCAAUGCAUUGCAAAUGACAACAUCUCCCAUGUCUUUGCCUUGACCAGGAAACCGCUGGACGAGGCCGUUGCCAAGAGCACCAAGGUCACCGUCAUUCUCCACGACGACUUCUCCACCUACCCGCCCGCGCUGCUGAGCCAGCUUGCAGGGGCCGAGGCGUGUCUUUGGGCCAUCGGCGGCAGAGCAACCCAGUUCCCGGACAUCGAGACGUACAGAAGAGUCUCGAUCGACUACACCCUAGCCGGCGCGAGGGCUUUCCAGGAGGCGCUCGUGCCCCAGCUGCCGGAGGGCAAGCAGUUCCGCUUCCUCUUCUGCAGCGGCAAGUUCGCCGAGUGGGAUCAGGACAAGCCGCUGCAUUUCAUGGCCGACACCCGGCAUGUAAAGUGCUGA